AUGAACACUACAAAAGUCAAUUUAGCCGAAAUUAUAACAGCAGAAGAUGAUCCAGAAGAAAUUUUUGAAAUUUUAGAUUAUUUAGGAUAAGGUUCAUAUGGUUAAGUUUUCAAAGCAUUACAUAAAAAGACAGGAGAAUUAGUUGCAGUUAAAAAGGUGCCAAAUGAAGGCGAAAUUUCAUCUUUAAAAAAGGAAAUUAUGAUUUUAAAAGAAUGUUAAAGCGAAUAUAUUGUUAAAUAUUAUGGAUCAUAUUAUAAAGAUUCAUAUUUAUGGUUAAUUAUGGAAUAUUGUGCAGCAGGUAGUGUUAUCGAUUUAGUAAUAAUUACAAAAAUUAAAUUAAAUGAAUUUUAAAUUGCUUCUAUAUUGCAUUCAACUUUAAAAGGACUUAUUUAUUUGCAUUAAAAUAAAAAAAUCCAUAGAGAUAUAAAAGCCGGAAACAUACUUUUAGACCAAAAAGGAAAUGCGAAAUUAGCUGAUUUUGGGGUUUCAGCUUAAUUAGUAGAUUCACAUUAAAAUGCAGUAAAAACAAUAGGAACUCCUUGUUGGAUGGCUCCUGAAGUCUUAAAAAUUAAAAUAUAAUUAUAAAGCAGAUAUAUGGAGUUUAGGAAUUACUGCAAUUGAAUUAGCUGAAGGAGAACCUCCAUAUUCUAAUUUUUAACCUUAUAUGGUAUUAUUUUAUUUUUUUUAAACAAGAAAAAUAUUUAGGUUAUGUUUAAAAUAUAAAACAAUCCUCCAAAAGGUCUAACAAAUCCUAAAAAUUGGUCGAAAGAAUUUAAUGAUUUUGUAUAAAAAUGUAUUACUUUCGAUCCUAAUUUACGUCCAGAUGCUGAAGAGCUUAUUUAACAUUAAUUUAUUACU